AUGACAGAGAAAGAAGAGGGUGUGAAGCUUCUAGGGUUUUGGGCAAGUCCUUUCAGUCUUAGAGUCGAGAUGGCUCUCAAACUCAAAGGUGUGCCUUAUGAGUACUUGGAGGAAGAUUUGAUGAACAAGAGCCCUUUGCUUCUUCAGCUAAAUCCGGUUUACAAGAAGGUUCCGGUUCUUGUCCACAAAGCCAAGGCUUUCUUCUGGGCCAAGGUUGUCGAUGAACAGGUUACACUAAGGUUCACGUCUCUAGUGAAAGCAGAGAAGGGAAUAGAGAUUGCAAUCAAGGAGGCUCAAGAAAUGCUUACUUUUCUUGAGAAGGAGAUCACCGGAAAAGAUUUAUUCGGCGGAGAAACCAUCGGAUUCUUGGACAUGGUCGCAGGAAGUAUGAUCCCGUUUUGCUUGGCUCGUGGUUGGGAAGGUAUGGGAAUUGACAUGAUUCCAGAGGAGAAGUUUCCCGAGCUGAACAGAUGGAUCAAGAAGUUGAAAGAAAUUGAGGUCGUGAGGGAAUGUAUUCCUCAUAGAGAGAAACAAAUUGAGCACAUGAAAAAAGUUGCUGAGCGGAUCAAAUCGUCUUAA